AUGCCAGGCUGUCAUCGCAAGUCUCCGCUCAAUAAUCCAAGCAGGCCAUACAUCGCUCUGGGACUGGAAGGAUCAGCCAACAAACUCGGCGCAGGAGUUAUCAAACACGAUGUCGAUGGAUCGACGGAAGUCCUUUCGAAUGUUAGACACACUUACAUCACACCUCCUGGGGAGGGAUUUCUUCCCCGAGACACUGCUCAGCACCAUCGAGAAUGGGCAUUAACGGUAAUAAAAGAUGCGGUUGCAAAGGCAAACAUCACGAUGCACGAUCUGGACUGUAUAUGUUAUACCAAAGGUCCCGGUAUGGGUGCACCUUUGCAGUCUGUUGUUCUAGUUGCUCGCACCCUCUCGUUGUUGUACGAGAAGCCCCUUGUCGGCGUCAAUCAUUGUGUUGGACAUAUCGAAAUGGGGCGGCAAGUCACUGGAGCUCAGAAUCCAGUGGUACUAUACGUAUCUGGAGGUAACACCCAGGUCAUCGCAUAUUCCCGACAAUGCUAUCGGAUAUUUGGAGAAACGCUCGAUAUCGCUGUUGGGAACUGCCUUGACAGGUUUGCCAGGGUCAUAAACCUGAGCAACGACCCAAGUCCAGGAUUUAACAUCGAACAAGAAGCUAAGAAGGGAAAUCGACUCGUCCCGUUACCUUACACAACCAAGGGAAUGGACGUUAGCUUGUCUGGCAUACUGACCUCGAUCGAAGUCUAUACAUCUGACCGUCGGUAUCGGCCUCAGGCCGAGCGUUCAGAAGAGUCUGAAGAUGUUAUUACGCCUGCGGAUCUCUGCUUCUCCCUCCAAGAGACGGUGUUCUCCAUGCUUGUUGAAAUCACGGAACGAGCAAUGGCUCAUAUUGGGAGUAAAGAGGUGCUCAUCGUCGGAGGAGUUGGCUGUAAUGAACGACUGCAAGAAAUGAUGGGCAUUAUGGCGCAAGAGCGCGAUGGACUGGUGUUUGCGACCGAUGAGCGUUUCUGCAUUGACAAUGGCAUCAUGAUUGCUCAGGCUGGUCUACUGAGUUAUCGUAUGGGAUUUCAGACACCUCUUGCAAAGAGCACCUGUACGCAGAGAUUCCGGACUGACGAAGUACAUGUCGCAUGGCGACCUUGA